AGUUUAAAUAGGCCCGGUAAUGGUUCGCGUUGUCAACCCACUUGUUAAAUUGUUUCUGCACAUGCUGGUCGCAUUCGCAGUCGACUAGUCUGGUAAGAAUACCAAGUGCACCGUUUGGCAAAGCAUCCGACCCAGUUUAACUGAGGUCUAACUUCCCCGAGGCCUGCAAAUGCCGUCAACCAUGCUGCCGGUACGAUAAGCCAUCAAGUAUAACGUCAGGUGGGGACACUCUAACAAGAGCAACCACAGUUCUUUGAUGAACCAGUCGGACAUGUUUGCAAAGUACAAGAAGAAAGUACGGGCCAUACUCCAGAAGAAUAGGCUCCUUGCAAAAGCACUCGGGGAUGCCAAAGUGAAAAUUAGCGAGUUGGAGGAUGCCAGCAGCCGACAGCAAAAGAUUGACAACCUUGUGUUGCCUCAGGUCAAGUUGUGGCUUGAGACGAACUUGCAACACAUGCACACCAUGGUGACCAACCACUCGCGAGCCAUCAAGAUGUUGCAGGACAUAAUGACACCCGGAGUGGACAUCUCUCUCGCAGGCAUCUCUGACCUGGACCUGUCGUCUGCUCAGGAACGGAGGCACUCUCUGCAUCCACCAGGCAGGCAGUACGACGAAUUUGGGAACAUCACGGUGAUUCUCGAGGAAGACGAGGCCAUGAUUUCCAGGUCGGAACAACCACAAGACUCCGGCACGAAUGGAACAGAGCUUGAGCCCGACUUGUGCUCCAAAGUCACUGUGCGCAGGAGGAGCCGCAAAACAAGAUCAUCAGCUGGCAUGCGUGCCAGCCUCUCCGAUGAGCCUGUUGACUCUGCUUUCGAACCUGCGGUGCCAACGUUUAAAGUGGUCGAUGAGGAAGCCUCAAUUCUCUUGAAGGAGGUCACAGGACAAGAGAAAACUGUCGUCUGUGCCGAGUCUGUAGUUAUGCCACCUCCAGACAAGGUGAAAGGGCCCAGCGUGAACGAGUACAGUGCAGCCUUCAGCUAUAGGCCAAAGAUCCCGCGCACUCCCGACACCAUCAACAAAGACGGCAGCUUCUAUUGCUGCAACGAAGACAGCUUCAGCAGCCCCGUGGAAACACGUCAGAGGCAGAGACUGUCUGAAAUUCCUCUGCAGCCAUGGCCUAGAAAGUCUGAACCUCUGCGUAGGGGUUCGCGCAGUACCAGGCGAAGUGGGCUCGCAGAGCACAUCGUCUCAAACAGUUCCUCGCCAUUGUCAUCAGAGUCCCUGUUGGAGUGCGCCUUCGUCGAGUCACCCACCUCUACUCCACCGCCUCGAGGCAGUCACGCAGCUGCUCCCGAAGAGACCGUGCCCAUUGAUAAGGACACGGCUGUCGGAGAAGAGGCACCACGGAAAAACACAGCAAGAAAGUCUUGCAUCUCGCGACCCAGUGAUACCAAGAAGCCAUCUCGUGUGACUUUUGUUGUCAACAAGGUGAAAGAAAGUAUGGCUGCUCGACAAGAAGGCCCACAGCACUCUAUGCCCAUCACUGCAGACUCCGAGGAGCCUCCGAAAGAACCUUGCAGCGCGACGAUUUUCGUUCGCAAAAAAGAAGAAACGAUUGAUGCAAGACUCGAAGGCCUGGGUGACGCGCCACCUUGUGCUGCAAACUCCGAGGUGCACAAUGCUGAAGGCAGUGGCGACGUGCCGCAAAAACAGAAGAGCGACAGCGAGAACAUUGGCACCGCAGCAGGAAAGGAAGCUUCGCAAAAAGUAGCCCGGCUCUCCAAGCAGGCCCGUCGCACCGGCAAGAAAUCGCGUGACAUACUUCGCGACGCCAGCCCCACGGAAACGGAACCUCCUCAGCGCAGUGGCAACCUGCCCAGGCCAGAGCUGAUGGACAUGGGGGCCAGUUCCUCAACAGACGAAGACGGGGCCCUGCGCUCUUCGAUGGGUCGAACAUCCAGGAGGAAGUUGCAGCCCAAAAGCUACAAAGAGCCAAGCAUUACGACAAAACUUCGACGACCAUAACAUGGAAAAUGGCCACCUGUAUUGUAUAUAGUUUUAAAUUAUGCCGCCAUGUGUUUUACAAUGUUAUGAGCUCUUGUACUUUUACCUUUGACAAAGACCACUGUCAUUUUUAUACUUUUUAGCUGUGCGAUUUUAGCAGUGCGUAAUUCAUUUGACGAAUAAACUGCCAUCUAAAGACACAAGACCAGAGGCACAUGUGUGAUGGGCCAGACAAGAUGCAGACAAAAUACAGACAAAGUGUACGCUCUGAGAUGGCCAUGUCCUGGAGCAGAACUGUCAGAAUCUCUAGGGUUCAGACUGGAGUUCAACUUAAAACACUAUUGUAGUCAUGCCGAGUGUUUGUAUGUUGGUCGAGUCUGAGACUUUAAGGAAAGUCUGCUUCCACUUGGACUGGCUAUAUAUCUUAAUGCAGGUGCUACUAUUGAACUCAAACUUGUACAGGGCCUAGCAAGUACUGAAACAUAUAAAUUGUCUGAUUCAUUCAGCGAGAGGCAAAGGUGGACCUGUUUAACAAUACAGGGUGUGGAAACUGAAACAUGCUUUGGGCCUUGACAGGUAUGUCUACAAGUCGAUCGCAAAGCCAUAUUAACUCCUGACACAGCUAAAUGUGUUUUCUACUACCUAGAACAUGGCUAGUGCAUUGGACAGUUCUGGCUUCUACUGCAUUUCUUAGCUUGUUGCGCUCAUUGUGUUUGCAUCACAGUUAAAACUUGCAGACCAGCUAGCUUGUGACAAAGUUCUUGUGUGACGCAAUGUUUCAUUGUGAGACAAAGAAACAAUGCACUCGUGCUACUGUUCUAGCACAGAACCACUGUCUGGCGCAUUAUGCGAAAUUUUUUUGCACCAUUCUUGCGAUGUGCUAAGAAAAUAAAGCUUUUUAUAGAUUAUAAAAUUUGGCCCAACUUUUCACUUCAUUUUGCAGUCCUUGCCUCCUGUCCAGGAUGAUCCUUUCCACAAUCUACUAAAUUUGCUUUUUGAAGACUAAAAUGGCCUUUUCUUGUACGACUCUGCUAUAGUUAAUGAAUGCCAUCUCUCUCUUUCUUUCUUUUUUUUUUAAUUCUGAACAUUUCACUGCCGUGCAAGGUCUUUUGUAGCAUUAAAUAUGGUUUAAUGAAAGCAAGGAAAUCGUCCGGUUGGGGCACUUAGUGAUUAACAAAGGCAAGGAUUCCCGCCAAAAAGUUUAAAGAGUUAACACUUCAUUGCUAGUAGUAGCAUAUAUGCUAGUGGUACAAUACUGAAAUGCUGCGUUCAAACUUGUGGACACACUUCAAGCACUGCCAAUAUAAAAGCUGCACCUUGAAGGAAAAAAAAAAAAGGCUUGGGAGGUGCUGAGGAACACCCCAUGGGUUUGUCAAGUAGGAAAGUAGUAGCAUCUUCAUGACACUGAGAGAAAUGCUUUGCAAUAUCAAUGGCAAUCUAGUGUUAGAUACGAGAGAAAAGCAUUAGCAUUACGUUGCACCUCUUUGAGAGCCUGGAUAUGUAUGUGUAUGUGUGUGGUGGAAUCUAUAUACAGCAAAGCUUUGCGAGUGCAUAAAGAGUUGAAACAA